AAUCCUACCCGCGUUAUCGUUUGAUUCGAUGGAGAUUCCAUGCAAGCAUUCGAGGUUGCUACAAGGUGGCCCAACCACCGCCAUGAAACUCUGGUGCCUCCUCAUGGAUCACGAAAACAGGCCUAUUGGAGCGCCCUUCGAGGUCGGAGUAUCUGCCAAUACCAAUGUUGCUAGCUUGAAGAAGAAUAGUCAAGGAUAAGGCGCCAUCCACCCUUGCCAAGAUUGCUGCAGCGGAACUCGAAGUGUGGAAAUGCACGGAUUCGACAAAUAAUUUCCUUGAUGCGGGUCCAUUUCAGGUGGAGAGGCAUUGCUCGUGCAUUUGCCCGGUGUUUCGUGACUUUUCUCAAGAAAGCAGUGAUCCACGAGGCUACGGGACUGGGAAGCUGUCACAGGCGGUCGGAAGACGAUGGUGAGGAUUCGAUACAUUCGUUUCUCUAUUUUUCAAUAACGAUAAUUUUCCGCUCAAGGGCGAGAUGUUGCACUUGCUCGCGCGACGGAUAUGAACAGAGGGGUCUUCCCAUUGGUCUUUUCCACCCUGUUUUCAUGAGGCCUUUGUCUGCAGACGCAAAGACAUACUCUUUAGUCAGAAGCCCUUUUCAUGGCAUCUGCUUGACUUUACGACAAGGAAGAGGGACGAAUUGCUGCGAUCGACGAGUAUUUGUUCCCCUUCUUGGCAACACAUCUACGUCCGUCGACGUACCCGGGGUCAAGCCUGAUGGAGUUUUUGUUCAUGUAGCAAUGCGGGAAGUAAAAAAAAAUGGAAUUGGAACAGGUAGCACAGACCCUUACAGUCUCAUUUAUCGCAAAUAUUGGGCAGGAGUAUUUGCAUGCAAAUUUACUGACAAGUGUUGAGAAAAUGC